CAUCCAAGUUUACUCUCAUCGCCUUCCGCCCCGUCCCGCCCCUCCCCGCCCCGCCUCACGCCCUGGACGAGGCGCCGCAGACGAUCACUCUAAUUGUCAGCCGCGCAGCGUGAUCCUCCCCAAUUGAAACGUCAACUUCGCGUAUCAAUAAAUCGAAGCUGUCGGCAAAAGGGGCGGGCGGGCUGUAGACCUCCUGCCUGUCCCGUUGCUCUUCGCUCGGGGCCUCCAAGACGACCGCUCCUCCUCACCGCCGCUUCUUCUUUCUUGCCGUCCUCGCCAUUCCGGAGGGCGCGGCUGAAGGACGAAAAGGUGUGGAAAGUGACGGAGGAAGGAGGAACGGCCGUCAGUCACAGCAAAUAAUGUGUAUGUCCGAGUAGAUCUUCCCCGUAGGUGGUCAAGCGGGUUACAUGGCCGGCCGCUCCUCCUCCACACACGCACACACGUCUCCACACCUCUCCGUCCUUCCCUUCAAUCUCCUCCCUCACCGCGUAUCCCUCACAUCUUCCUCCCCUCGCGCCCUCCCUUUCCGCCCCCUUCCCUCCCCUAGAAUGGACUCAUGUGUGAAAUAAAUAUCAUAAUGAAGGGAGUGUGGUGGGGCGCGGGCGGCGGACGGGCAGCGGCGAGGACCCGUGGCGAAUCGGGAAUGAGGCGGCGGCGGAGGUGCUGGUGGCGACGCCCGUCCCGCCGCCGCCGCUCGCCGCCAGACAAAGGUGGUGCGUCAGCGUCUAUAUUUCAACUGGUUCUGCUUCCUGCCGAUCCUCUCAAUGGCUUCAUCUGUUGGUAUACAUUAUUCAUUAUACUCGCCAUUCACACCUACCGAGUUGCCAGGUGUCGCCGCCGAGCCGUUCAGCCGCGGUCCCGCGCGCCGCAGAGGGCUCGGCGGUGUCCUGUGAGCCCGGCGUGUUUACCGGGAAAUAAAGAUCAUGGUGCAUCUGCCUCCGAGUGUUUGGAGGAGGUGUGUAAGCAGAAACCACAUGUAUUUGCUUUAGGGUUAGACUCAACACGCGUCCUCUCGCUGCGGGUAAUGAAAUGCGCCGCGCGUCACCGCCGCCCGUGACUGGCUCGGCAGCGAGGCGGCGGGCGGGGCUUGGCGGCCGCCCUCCAAUCAGCCCCGAGGGGCAGGGCGACGCCACGCAACGCCCACACCCCACCGCCAUGCCAGCCAGAGUUACUGCCUGACAUAAUAUUCGAGCUUGGUUGGUGGAAAGAACAAACAUUUGUUGACGUUUCACGUAAGCGAUCUAAUUUAAGUGGCACAGGAGAAGAAUAGACGAAGAAUUAGACAGGCGUCAGGCUGACAGACAGCCGAGAGCAAAGUGAACGCUGUAACUCACUGUGGUUGUUGGGAGUCCGAGAGCGAGUCAGCGCGGCGGCUGCGGCAGUGUUGUGGCGACCUCGCUCUCAUCACCGCACUCCCGGGCUGCACGAUUUCUCCGCCAAGGCAUGUGACCGUCGGCAGCGACCGACGCUGCUUGGAUACAGACUAAAAGUGCCGAACUUCUGUGACCACAGGCGUGUAGUGAGUGAACGGCGGGUGGAAAUGUGGCAGAGGGCGGCGAAGGCGAUACAGCGGCGGUGAAAAGAGCAAAGCGGCCGCCACCCGCGGGGGAGGCAGGGCGGCCGGCCCCGCAUGUGUCCGGAGAUGAGCGCUGAGGUGGCGCUCGGGGCCUGGCGCCGCCCGCCGGAGGCCGCGGAACCCUUGCAGAAACCAGAUGGGGAUACGGAGGACAGGCCGGUGGUUCAGACAAGCUCAGAAGAACAACCUGAUUCUAGGCCGCGGACGGGAGAUGAGAGCGACAGUGAUAUUAGUGUAGGCUGCCCCUCACCGAGACCUGUCCGGGAAAACUCUGCUGAAAACGGGGAGAGACCGCCGCAGGAUGCUACUGAGAGGCUGGAGGCCGCCCCCACCAGCACGCCCAGCCCGGGGACCACCACAAGUAAGUACCAGGAAGAUGGCGUCACGUCCCCGGAGUGCGCCAUGUCGCCGCCGGCGCCGCGUUCCCCGCCGGCCAAGGAGGGCGGCGAGGAUGAAUAUUUCAAGCCGCUGAAGAAGCUGAGAAUGGUGCAGCUGCAGCAGGAGGAGGCGGCACUGGCGGCACGUACGCAAGCGGGCGUCAAGUCAUUCUCAAUCACCGAGAUUCUCAGCCACAAGCCAAUAGUGGCAAAGGCCCCGGAGGCCACGGGGGCCCGCAUAGUGCGGCCCUGGGACACUGACGACGACGACGACUGUGGCUCGCGGCCCCACUCCGUGGAUGACAUGAGCGUGUCGUCGGCCUCGUCCUCCGUGGGGUCACCUCGGCCGGCCUCAAGCGGCCCCAGCUCAACCAGCUCCGGUCACGGCCCCGCGAGACCGAGAGGCAAGGACGGCAACCCGCUGGACGCCCUGUUCCAGAUGACCAGCAAGACCUUCGAGGGACUCAAGAGCGGCCAGCAGGCGGGUGAGUACCCCAUCUGUCCCCGGCAUACACACACACACACACACACACACACACACACACACACACCAGUUCUCUACAGCAGUGUGCUGAUGUUUUUUCCUCGCAUUUGCUGUCAAUUCCUUCAUAUUUACACAGACAAGCGCCACAACUAUAUUAUCUGCUUAUUGUCUUAAUACAAAAAACAGAGAAUGAAUUUUCCCCGUAGCAGCAAUCAUUACACCGCCGCGGACACACCGUUUUCAAGUAACCCGCGCCUGCGACAUGUUUGACACGCUGUUAUUGUGUUGUGUCUCAACGAGCGCUCGCCCUUGCGAUGCGGGGCACACGCUGCCGUGCGGCGGUAGGUGACACA